AUGGAUACAUCGGAUGCUGCAAAAAAAAUAGAUGCUCAAAAACAUCAUUCAGCUCAAAACGAUGAUGUAUUUAUUGAUCGACUCAAUCAUAGAUAUACAGUAACAAUGCUUUUAGUUUUUGCUACUAUUGUUACAACUCAACAAUAUUAUAUGGCACCCAUAAAAUGCUGGGUACCUGCACAUUUUAAAGAGUAUUAUGAAAAAUAUGCUGAUGAUGUGUGUUGGAUAAUGAAUACAUAUUAUAUUCCUUUGGAUCAUGAUAUUCCACAUGCUGAAACAAUAAGAUAUGAACAAACAUUGAAAUAUUAUCAAUGGUCACCAUUUAUUCUUCUAUUUAUGGCAUUCUGUUUUUAUUUUCCACGUAUGCUUUGGAGAUCAUUGAAUGAUAAAUCUGGUUUAGAUAUUGAAAGAUUAGUUGAUGCAUUAUUAAAACUACAACAAGCUGAUCAACAUGCAGAACGAGAGAAAGCAAUUGAGCAUAUUAAAAAUUUAAUAAGAGUCUAUGUUGAAAAUCGGUAUCUUUCUCCAACACAAUCUGAUAAUCAUCCAAAAAAAUUUUUUGAAAAAUUUUAUGAUUCUCUAACAUUCUGGCGUCAUCGUCAUUUAAGUUCAUUUAUAGUAUUAUUAUUUACAUUUGUUAAAUUCUUAUUUCUUUUUAAUUCAUUAGUACAAAUAUUUCUGUUAAAUGCUUUUUUGGGUAAUGAUUAUCAUUUAUUCGGUUUUGAAAUGCUUGCAAAAUUUAUCCGUGGUCAUGAUUGGGGUGAAUCAAAACGAUUUCCACGUGUUACAUUAUGUGAUUUUCAUGUACGCGAAGUAGGUAUUACACAUCGAUAUACAGUUCAAUGUGUUUUACCAAUAAAUUUAUUUAAUGAAAAAAUUUUUCUUAUUCUUUGGUUUUGGAUUUUACUCUUAGCAGCUGUCAAUAUAGGUGAUUUUAUAUCCUGGUUAUCUCGUAUUAUAUCUGUUAAUAGUCGUUCAGCAUAUGUACGAAGAAAAUUAGCCAUUAAUCGUGCAGCAAUAAAUGAACCUAUUGAUAAAUCUAUUAGUUUCGAACAAAUCAAAUUGGAUGAAGAACAUCGUAGUAAAGCUUUUGUUCGUGAUUAUUUACAAGAAGAUGGUUGUUUUGUACUUCGUCUUCUUGCACGUAAUGGACAAGAUAUUAUUGUUGGUGAAAUAAUUGAUAGAUUAUAUAAACGUUUUUGUAUAACUUAUCAUCGUUAG